AUGGCGGAGGGGGUGCAGGAUGGCGGGAGCUCGGUGGGGCAGGGGGUCGGCGUGAAGCCCCUGGCGGCGCUGGCGUCGAUGAGGGAGACAUUUCAGGCUGAUGCCUUCCAAAGGGCUCUCCUUAGGAGUGGGCAGACGCUGCCGAGGAGGCGACAGACUGUGGACGAAUCGGAAAAUCCGCCAUUUCCUGAGAAGGAAGGCUUCACUGCGGAUGACAUGCUGCUGCACUCUCCGGACACCAUCCCGACCUCUCUGCUCCACCUCAGCAAUGAGAACAUCAGCCGGGCGGUCAAGAUGUUUGGCGCGAUCCUCCGGUACCAGGGCCAUGGGUCUGACCCUGUGGAUGUGGGCCAACGGGUGGAGCUGGCUGCAAAACUUGUGCACUCAGGCAUCAAGAGGCCGGACCUGAAGGAUGAGCUGUACAUGCAGCUGAUGAAACAGACGCGAGGAAACCCAGUGGAGGAGUCCAAGAUCAGGGCAUGGGAGCUGCUGCUGGUUGUGGCGUCCGCAAUUCCUCCAAACAAGGACUUCGUAGCACUCAUGUCAGAGUACAUUAAUGCAGUGCCCCAGAGCAUGCAGGAGAGUGAGGCUGUGAAGGCGUUGUCAAAAAGGGUGUGGACCAGCCUGAAGCGCUGUGCAAAAGCUGGUCCCAGGAGAACGCCUAUCGGCCACGAUGAGAUCGAGGCGCUGCUGGAAGACCGCAAGCUGUCCACAGACGUCGACUUGCUGGAUGGCACCAGCCAGAAACUGCACUAUGACAUCACCACCACAGUUCAGGAAGGUGUGGAAGCCCUUGCGGCUGCUAUAGACCUCAAGAACUACUCCACCUUCACCCUGUUUGAGUCCAAGCCCCCGCCCAAGAGCGACAAUGCCGAGGCAGCACUCGUCAUGACAGCCGAGCACACUGCCCUCGAUGAGAACAGAUACGUGGCGGAUAGCCUGUCAGACAUGCGCAUCAAGGGCGGUGGCAGGAGCCUGCUAUUCAAGAAGCUGAUGUUCCGGGCCAAUGAUGAGAUGAUCACAGAGCCCCAGUUUGUGAGCCUGUCGUACGUUCAGGCCCAGCAUGACUACCUGCUGGGAAACUACCCUGUGGUGAGGGACGAUGCGGCAGAGAUGUGCGCGCUGCAGAUCUAUGCUGAGCACGGGACAGUGCUGGCGGAUGCUGGGCAGGCAUUUGUGAAGGAGGUGGAGAGCCACAUCACCAAACAGGUGCUGAUGACUCGGCCAAGGGAGGAGUGGCGGCAGGACGUGCAUAGGAGGUACUUGGCCCUGUUCAGUCUGUCGCAAAAUGACGCCAAGGGCCAGUUCCUGAAGAUCUUGAGGACGUUGCCAUAUGGGAAUUCAGUGUUCUUCAUGGUCAAGCGCAUUGAGGAUCCCAUCGGCCUGCUGCCCUCCAAGCUGAUCUUUGGCAUCAACCGCCGUGGUGUCCACUUCUUCCGCCCAGUGCCCAAGGAGUACCUGCAUUCGGCAGAGCUGCGUGACAUCAUGCAAUUUGGCUCCAGCAGCCAGGCCGUGUUUUUUAAGAUGAGGGUGGCUGGUGUGCUGCACAUCUUCCAGUUCGAAAGCAAGCAGGGGGAGGACAUAUGCAUGGCCUUGCAGACACACAUCAGCGACAUCAUGAUGAAGAAGUACUCAAAGGGCAAGCAGCUGACAUCGUCUGCACCUGAUCGCCCUUCAGGGGCUGCGGGCCUGGCCCAGGCCAACUUCGGCCCAAAAUACGAGCAGCACAUGAAGCAGAUGCAGGAGGCAGUGAGCGAGUCUGAGACCAAGAUCGAGGACCAAGUCAAGGUGGUCCAGGGUCUGGAGUAUGAGGAGGAAAAGGCACUGGAAGAGCUUAAGGCUGUGAAAGAGAGUCUGACGGAGGAGGAGGCCAAGAAGAACGCCCUGCAGGCUGAGGUGGAUGGGAUGCGUGCCGAACUGGAGAAGUACAGAAUGGAGCUGAGUGAGGUCAAUGCGACUAUUGCGGCAGGCGAGGCGCAGAGGCAAGCCGCAGUGGACAAGGUCAAGGAAAACAAUGACUCUGCUCAGGUCAGGGAAAUCCAAAAGCUCCUGGAACUGAAGGAGCACGAGGCGGAGGAUGUGUCUAAUAGGAUCCAAACACUGAAGGCUGACGCAGAGGCUGCAGAGGCCGAACGUGCCACAGUGAUGGAGCUGCUGGCGGAAAAGGAGAAGGACAAGGAUGAGUGUGUGGGCGACCUGAGCAGGCAGCUCAAAGAAUUGCAGGUGAACAGCAAGGCAGCAAUGAAGGCCAAGGAUGACAAGAUAAACAGCGCCAUGGAGAAGCUUGCCAACAUUACUGCAAUGUACAAUGAAAAUCUGGCAGACCUGGAACAGAUGAAGGAAGAACAGAAGGAGGUGAGCGAACUUCGCGAGCUGAAGCGGGAGAUCGAGUCACGGGAGCGUGAGCAGGCCAUGGUGAUCGAGCAGCAGGCCAAGAAGCUCGAGGAGAUGGAGCAUGACUACAAGACUGAGCAAGUACAAAGGAAGAGGAUCUUCAAUCAGAUGGAAGACAUGAAGGGCAAGAUCCGGGUGUACGCCCGCGUGCGCCCAAUCCUCCCCUUCGAGUCCGCCAAGGGCCAGACCUGCGCCGUCACGGUUCAGGACGAGCUCACUCUCUCCCACUUCUGGAAGGACGAGAAGAAACCUCGCGAGUACUGCUUCGACCAGGUCUUCCCGCAGGACUCUACCCAGGAGGACAUCUUUGAAGGGACCAAGCACCUCGUGCAGUCCGCAGUGGACGGCUACAACGUCUGCAUCUUCGCCUACGGCCAGACGGGCUCCGGCAAGACGCACACGAUAUACGGCGACGCGGAGCACCCCGGGCUGACGCCCAGGGGCAUCAGGCAGCUGUUCGCCGUGCUGGAGCGCGACUCGGGCAAGUUCACGUCGUCGGUGACGUGCUACAUGCUGGAGAUCUACCAGGACGCGAUGGUGGACCUGCUGGCGUCCCACCCCUCGACGGUGGCGACCGCGGCGUCGUCGUCCCCGCCGCCGAAGUCGGGCCAGCAGAACAAGGAGCCACCCCCAAAGCUGGAGAUCAAGAGGGACGCGAUGGGCAUGGUUGUGGUGCAGGGAGCGGCCCUUGUGGAGGUCACCUCACCUGAGCAGCUGCUGGAAACCAUCGAGUGGGGCCAACGCCGGCGGCAUGUGUCUGAGACCCAGAUGAACCGUGCCUCAUCACGCUCGCACCUCAUAAUGAGUUUCAUCGUGGAGAGCACGAACCUUCAAACCCAGGUCGUGAGCAGGGGCAAGCUCAGCUUCGUGGACCUGGCUGGAUCGGAAAGGGUCAAGAAGUCAGGGUCCACGGGCGAGACGCUGAAGGAGGCCCAAGCCAUCAACAAGUCCCUCUCCGCCCUGGGCGACGUCAUCUCCGCCCUGGCCACCUCGCAGGCCCACAUCCCCUACCGCAAUCACAAGCUCACCAUGCUCAUGAGCGACAGCCUGGGCGGCAACGCCAAGACGCUCAUGUUCGUCAACGCCUCGCCCACCAACGCCAACAUCGACGAGACCCAAAACUCGCUGCAGUACGCCACGCGCGUGCGCACCAUCAAGAACGACGCCAGCAAGAACGAGUGCAGCAAGGACGCAGCGCGGCUGAGGAAGCAGAUCGACAGGUGGAAGGAGCAGGCCGGCCUGAAGCCGGAGGAGCGGGAUGUGGUGGGCAUACUGCGGGCGUUCGGGGAGGCGGAGGAAUAG